GUCCUUGGCGUUUCCAAUGGCCUCCCAGCUUGUUGGCUCGCUGAUGCCGCUUCACCAAUGGAGUCUCCAGAUAGUGCCGAGUGCAGGCCUGAUAGAGGCAUGCCUACAAGCAGAGCAUUGCGAUGCCGCACGAUUGUAGCAUUGACCGCAUCAGUUUCCGCGGCGCCAGCGACGUGUUGGGUCAAUGGAUUUUCUCGAGAGUUUUGCUGCGAUCCCAGCCAUGGUCAUGGAGGCAAUCCUGCCUGCUGGGACAGCAUCUUUCAGUACGAGCCAUGCUGUACUCGGCCCGAGUUUGCUGAAGAUGACGAAGGAGGACUCCACGAGAGCAUCAACAGUGGCUUGCUUGUCGCACUUGAGCGCAAAGUGGAUGCCAUUCUUGCUGAUGGAGCCAGUCUGGAAUCCUUUGAAGACGACCUCAGAAGAACCAUUUCUUCACCGGAGGAGCGUUCGACGUCAGUGCCAACAGCGCGGGCUCUACUGUCAGUAGUUUUGUCGCGCCUUGGUCGAAAGGAAGAGGCUCAGGAAGAACUUGCUCUGGCCUCUCAGGACCUGGCCAUCGCACCCAGUGGAGCGUGGGUUGGCACAGAGGCAGCAGGGUAUCACAUGCAUGACAGGCCAUUUGCAGAUGCCUUGGUCACCUUUUUCAAGUCCCUCGAGGCUACAAGUGUUGGUGACUUUGGGUGCGGAUUGGGCCUCUAUGUGCGAGAUCUUCGUGCCGCUGGUCUUCGUUCUGGUGGCUUUGAUGGCAACCCGGCCACCUGGGACAUCACCGAGGGACGAUGCCUCCAGGCAGACUUGAGCCGCGACCUGGAUCUGGGGACCCGUUGGGACUGGGUUCUCUCGUUGGAAGUGGCGGAGCACAUUCCUCGCCAGUUUGAGACCUCCUUCCUCCAGAAUUUGGACAGGCAUGCUUGCUCGGGCAUGGUGCUGUCCUGGGGGAAUCAGGCAGGAGAAGGUCAUGUGAAUCUGCGGACCUCCGACGAGGUGGAAAUUCUGAUGCGAGAGCACGGUUUCCACAGUUUGUCAGACAAGACAGCUGAGCUGCGAGCAGCAGCAACGUUGCCGUGGCUACAAAGUACGGUGAUGGUCUUCAAGCGCGCCUGGCCUGGAAGCCGCGGGCUUUUAGGUUGCUGAG